UCCUUUCCUUUUUUUCACCUCUUUCCCUUUGUUUCUCUUUUCCUUUUCCCCUCUCUCUUUCCCUCUCCCCUGUUUUCUUGCCCCGGGCGCAGGCGGGUGGCCCCAGCUGCAGCAGGAGAGGACGGUGCCAGCAGGGCUGUGGCAGCCAUGGAGCACCCAGAGCACCAGGAGUGAGGGGCCCCGGCCCCAUUCCCCCCAGCUGCCUGCUUGGGGCCAGCACAGCUCUGCCUCAUUCCAGGGGGCAGAAGCAAUGGGCUGGGGGUGGAGGAGGGGGAAGAAGAAGUGGGGGACAUGUGAGAGGGUGGGGGGCUGCGGGUAAAGGCACUGCAAUCCCCUCUGUCUAGGAGGGACACCAAGGUGCAGGGACUGAGGAUGCUGAACCUCCACUUUGCCCCCCCUCACAAGGAUCACUUGGGACCCCCCUGCAAACCCCCUCAGUCUCCCUCAGCACCCACAGACCCUGUGCAGAGUCUGCUCAGAGGUGGCUCCAGGCACAGGAGGUUUGGCUCAGACCCCCAAGCAAAGCAGCUGAUUUCUGCCGGCGGCUGGAGGAAAGCACAACCCCCCGGCCCCCCGCUGUACAUAGCCCCCGCCGCCCCGCUGUCUGUCGCAUCGCAGCCCCUCAGCCCUCCCCCUUAGGAAUAACAAUUUAGUUCUUCCCCUUUCCCCUUCUCCUGCCCAGAACCACUGAGGCCAAGUGACAAAUGUUUGGGUUUGAGGGAGGGGGGGGGGGGUCGUCUCUUAUUUUGUACAGAAAACAAAAAUUCUUUGGAAAAGAAAAAAAACUGACCUGUCUUUCGACUGAAGUAACUUUUCUGGUGCUGUUGUUAACUUGGUCUUUAUUCUUUUUUUUUUUUAAUUUAUUUUUCCCCUCGUGUUCCCACCUCUGCCGCCGCUUCCCUUCUCCCUGUCCCUCUGCCACAUUUUCUUUCAUUCCGUCUUUAUUUUUCUUUUUUUUUUUUUAUUAUUAUUUUUUUUCUGGUGGUAAUUACCCUCUUUCCCCCCUCCCCCGUUUUCCAUAGUCACUGCUACAAGUAACGAAUGCACUGUGAAGAUUCCAGUAUUAAUAAAGGUUGUACUGUAAUUAAUAGCCUUGCCUGUGCUCCUAUGGAUGUUCUGGUUCUCUGGGUCACCCCAGUAAUGGGGAACAGGUGGGAAGGUACCAUCACCCCUUUGGGGUUCCCAUGGCUUGAGGGGGUGUGUGUUUUGGGGUAUGGAGGAAUGCAACAACCCCGUGGUCAAGGUGAUGGGUGACCCUGGGAUGCAGAAGAACAUCCUGCUGCCCCAUCCCCUCCAGAAGAGGGGGUGCAGGCGGUUCCCCCCACCUCCACCCAUCCCAGCAGCACCCGCAGCGUUGCCACCUCCCGGAUUAUCGAGGCCGAUUGCCAAACCUCGCUGGGCAGCACAACCGGCUGGGGAGAGCAGUGGGGAUGGAGGGGCUCAGCGUGGGCAGUGUCCUGCUGACCAGCUGCGAUGGGGGGCUGGGCCUGGCGCUGCUGAAGGGGCUGCUGGAGCAGUCCAGCCCACCCCGGCACCUCUUCGCUGCUUGCCUGGACCCCCAGGGCAAGGCUGUCAAUGAGGUGGCUUUGGGCUUUCCCAACGUCAUGAUCCUGCCUCUAGAUGUGACAGAUCCCAACAGCAUCAAGGAAGCAGUCAGGAAGGUGAGGGAGGAGGUGGGAAGUGCUGGCCUCAACCUCCUGAUUAACAACACCGGCACCACGCGCCGCAGCACCUUGGCCACUGAGACAGCAGAGAACAUGAGCCUCGUCUACACCACCAACACCAUCGGGCCCCUGCAGACAAGCCAGGCCUUCCUGCCCCUGCUGAAGGAGGCGGCUGAGGCCGAAGGACAGCGUGAGAUGAGCUGCAGCAGAGCUGCCAUCAUCAACAUCUCCAGCAUCCUGGGCUCCAUCGAGGUUGCAGAGGCUUGGGAAGAGAGGCAGGACAUCUGCUACCGCUGCAGCAAGGCUGCUCUGAACAUGCUUACCAAGUGCCUGGCCCUGGAGUACGGGAACAGAGGGAUCCUCUGCGUGUCUGUGGAUCCUGGACAUGUGACACCUCCCUUGGAACAGGGGAUGGGCCCAGUGACACUGGAGGAGAGCGUGAGGGGUGUCCUGCAGCUGCUGGCCCAGCUCUCAGCCACCAGCAAUGGCACCCUCUGGGACUGGAGAGGGCAGAGGCUGCCCUGGUGAGAGCAGCAUCUGCCCACUG